AUGAGCCCCGAGGAGCUGCAAGAAAAUGCUGUCCCGAACAUCUUGCACGACAUUCAUGCUCCGACUUUACAUCUGCGGCCUAAAAGACUCAAAACGUCCCUACGCAGCUCCAUCACCGGCACACCCGGCACAGGACCAAACCCUGACAUCAACAGCGAAAUAAUUGUUGUUCGUUCCUCGCUGGCAUCUCCUCUAAUAACCGAAGAAGCCGAAUUCGGCCACACAACCUCCAACACGGAGCUGCAGCCAGGAAAACUCACUAAAAGACAAGCAGAGCGUCUUGAAAAGCAAAAACUCCGAGAGGUUGAGCGGAUCGAGAGAGAGCGCAAAAAAGAAGAAGAGCGGAAACAAAAGAAGGAGGACCGUGAGAAGAAAGAGCUAGAAAGAAAGCAGAAACGAGAGGCAGUCGAGAAGGAAAAAGAAGAAAGGCGUGAGCAGGAAAGGCUCCGCCGGGAGGAGCGCCGACUAAAAGUCGAGGAGGAAAAAAGGGCCAAGGAAUUGGAGCGCAAAUCCAAAGAGCAGGAACGCAGGCAGAAGGACGACGAACGCAGGAAAGCCGAGGAGAUGAAGGACCGCAGUCAGAUGAAGAUAUCCAAUUUCUUUGCUGUGAAACCUGCCAGGAAGGAAGUGGCUGCAGCAAACACUGCUUCCUCUGCCUUGGCUCGAAGCAAACCAGCUACUCCCCCGCUGACUGCCAAAGAACUAAACAAUACAUCGGAAGCAGACUCGUACAUCACUGACUUUCUUCCGUUUUUUCAGAAACGCAAUGUUUUGCUAGCGCCACAAAGAAAGCUUGAGCCCGAACUAAUAGCGGCAACGAAACUGGCAUUUGACUGUGCCCUCACCCAACAGAAAGCUGCGCCUGACCUCGGCGAAAUAUUCAAGAGCCCCCCACCGACGGAAUCAAAGUCUUUCACAAGCUCCCAGCAAAUGGUGGAUGCACUCAACUCGUCGCAGAUGACCGAAGGGGCACUUUUCGGAUUGGUCAGUAACUUGCCUCCCGUGAAGUAUUUGCAAUUUUACGAAAACGCCAAGCCUCCAUACGUGGGCACGUGGUGUUCAGAAAAGCACCUCUCCACUUCAGUUCCGCCAGCCCAACCUUUGAACACUUCUGCUACGGGUCUCGAUUACGGCUAUGACUCGGACCUCGAUUGGCAAGAAGGAGACGAGGGUGACGAGGAAGAUAUCGACGAUCUAGACGAAGGAGAUGACGAGGAAGAUGAUGCAGAAGAUGAUGAAAUGGAAGACUUUGUGGAAAACUCCGAAACCAGCAAGCGCGGGCUCGUUGGCCCGCUCCAGUCAGUCAGUGUAUGGAACGACGGGUCGCACAACGAAAUCUUCGACGAAUUGAAGUACGAACGUCUCCAAUUAGCAAUCAACUUUCCAAUCGACCCUUUCAAAGACUACUGGACCACGCCCAAGGAGGCAAAAGACUUGAAUGUGCAGCUGUCAACAGAACUGAAAGAAAAUCCGGUGGUGUCGGUAACGCAGCUUGGGACACCUGUCAAGACAGACGUUCCGGAGAAGAACCAAACGCCCAACGUGCUCACACCCCAAAAGCCGAUCAUCAAAGACAAAGAGAUCGUGGGAAACCUUGUUGAGUUUAUCAAGAACAACAACGAUUUCUCGAUCGGCACGCUUUCGGAGUUGGCCAAGAAGGAGUUCAAGGUGUACACGAAAAGCAUUCUCAAGCACACAAUUCAAGAAAUUGCGUUCUACAACAAAAAAACAAGUACGUGGGAAAUUAAAGACUCUUCAGAUACAACAGCCAGGUGGAACUGA